AUGGGAUUUUCCGACCGGUAUACUCUUUUGUUUUCGUGUACAUACAAAUAAAGAAAAUGCUCAAAUUUAGAGUGAGCCUGGCGUCGCGCUCGAUUGGAUUUCGUGAACUUCACUUGAGAACCAAGUGUGUGAUUCAUCGCCUCGAGUUCAAUCAACGGGAACUGAAUUACUGCGGACAUCUCAAAGUGGACGAUGUCCGUUUUGAGUUCGAGCACGAUGAACGCACGAAUCAGGUUGAAGUGAGAUGCGGAAACGGGAGUUGCAUGUCACUCACGGGUAUGUACACGGCAAAGUCCUACUUUCGGUACUAUCUGACACCCGCCAAGUACGCGGUGAAACACAUCGAGAUACUGGUGAGCAAAUAUGUUAUUACUCGCGGUGUUUUGCCGAUUUUUGUGGACACCGUCGAAUAAAAUAUAAUUUUGUUUCGUUUGCAGCACUGUUACCAGCCAUUCCACGGCCUAUCCAACUUGAGAGUCCCGUCGAUUAAGUGGACUUUUGGUCGCUACACUUGUUGUCAUAUGUUCUCUGCGUUUGCCGGAGGUCACAUUUUUGACAAGCUGGAGUUGGUCGGGUGGAGUUUGGAGAACCUUCGGGAAUGGCCCAUUGAAAUGUGCAAACAUUUGGUCUACAUUCGGCCUACAAAUCGUUCGGAAGGUCCGAUUUAUGGACCGGACAUAAAAAGAUGUUUAUGGCGUUCUGACACAAAACGGAUAAUACAGGCAACCAUUCAGUGCUACCAACAUCACAUGGAUUAUUUAUGUGAGGUACUUUGCGGGGACUGUAUUUUGAGCACAUCAACAAAAAAAAAUCGUUUUAGAUUGUUUUAGCAAGCUCAAUUGGAUCCUAUUUAGCUGGCGAGUUUUCCGACAGCGAAUGCUCCUUCUGGGAACAGCUAAUUGAUAAAUAUCCGAAUGCGGUACAGUCAGAAACUUGUGGACUGUAAGUCUGUUUUCUAAAUUUCACAUCACAUUUUCAUUGAGAAAAUUCAGAAAAUAUUUUAUCAUCGGUUCGGAGCCCGAUUCGCUCACAAUUGCUCAGAUGAAUGGGUAUCGAGUGUUCCUGCCGGAAACCAAUACGUUCACGCUGCUCAAAAUUCCGGCCGAUCGUCAAGAAUACGCCCGAAUUUGUGAUCAGUUUGAGCAUUUGGUAGAUAAAGUGAAGUGGGCGCAAGUUGUGGAAGGUUUAUUACAAACUUAA